AUGUUGUCCCUGUUUUCCGUAUUCCACAUUUAUGUAAAUAGGACUUAUCUUAUUAAAAUCGACCUGAUAGAUUUCUGUCUCGAUGUCAAUCCAUCUGCAGACGGCUCUGCCUAUUUGGAAUAUGGAAACAUAAAAGUCAUUUGCAGUGUAUGUGGGCCCGUGGAGGUAUGUCAAUCGAGUCUCAUUCCCAACUUUUUUAAGUUUGCGCCGUUUUCCACGCAAAUUAGGCGUGACGGAGUUCGAGAUCCGGAAGAAAAGCGUCUGAGUCAGCUCCUUCUUUCUGCGCUUGAGCCAUCUUUGGUUCUGGACAGCUUCCUUCGUGGCAAAUACCAAAUCACAGUAACCGUACUCGAUGAUGGUUCGUCGCCAGGCUCUCAGUUGUCAUCAACAGCAUCCUGCCUAUCAGCCGGUAUCACUUGUGCAAGCAUAGCUUUAGUUCGCGCAGGUGUUCAAAUGUACGACUUGGCAAUAGGUCUCGAUGUCGACACUUCAACACUGAACCCGGAGGUUAAAGAACAUGGGACCUCUUCAGUGGCAAUAAUGCCUCAACUACGCCAAAUCACUAUGAUCAACUCAACAUGGCUUGAACUUGCCUCAGUGGAAAAUUUGCAAAAAAUUUUGGACGAUUCUUUUGACAAAGCUGAAGAAAUGUACAGGUGUCUUCAGUCCCUUCUGUUUUCUUCAUUAGAAGACGAGUUUAAAUUGAUAGAAAAUAAUUGA